UCGGUGACGUGAGUGCUUGCGGAAGCAGAGCGUGGAAUGUUGGUACAUUGUUGUUGUUUUGUAGUUUGGAUUUCGUACGAGGAUUCGCCGCCGGUCAGUCCGCCGCCGCUGGACGCGUUUUUACGCACGGACCGUGUCCAGUUUCUGCGUCUCCUCUGAAAGGGAAAGCCGCCACUUUUCAUUUUUGGGGGGUUUGUACGCAUUCCGGUCCACAGAUAUAUCCGCGUCCACAGAGUGAGUCUUCUGUGAGAGCCAGGCCCGUUGUCUGCAUGCAGGGAAUGACGACUCAUUUCAAGACGAGCAAAGCUUUAAAGGUCAAGAAGGAGGCGGGUGAGAAUGACCCAGCGCUCAGCGACGACGAGCUGGUGGUCAUGUCCGUGCGGGAGCUCAACCAGCACCUGCGUGGGCUGACCAAGGAGGACGUGGUGCGGCUGAAGCAGCGGCGGCGGACCCUGAAGAACCGGGGCUACGCCGCCAGCUGCCGCAUCAAGCGGGUCUCCCAGAAGGAGGAGCUGGAGCGGCAGAAGAUCGACCUGCAGCAGGAGGUGGACAAGCUGGCCCGGGAGAACGCCAGCAUGAGGAUGGAGCUGGACGCCCUGCGAGCCAAGUACGAGGCCCUGCAGUGUUUCGCCCGGACUGUGACCCGCGGGCCCCUCUCGCCGGGCAAGGUGGCCAACACCAGCGUCAUCACCAUGGUCAAGUCGGCCAACAGGCACAACAGCUCCAGCCCGACCCCGUUCUCGACCCUGUCCUAGUGGCGACAGGACUGGGCUCUCCUCGUCCUGCCUGGUCCUGCCCGGCUCCGACCCCGCCUGCAACCCGCUCAUCCUGCACUGAGAGGACGCUCAGUAGUUAGACUGAGGGAUGGGAUGGGGGUGGCAAGCUCCAUGUGAUGUUGUUCUGAUUUCACCGAUCUUCGUUUUCCUCCUUCCGUCUGAUUUACACAUUCUACGUUGUCUGUGCACUGUGCAACCCCCUCCCCCCUCCCCCCUCCCAGAACACCCCCCAGCACCGGCAGGGUUAUGGUGCCUCUGUGACCCCCCCCCCUCGUCCCCGACUGAUGACAGAGAUUUGUUUGACCUGCCUUAAUGCGGCAGCACCGGCCUAGGACACCUCAUACACCUACUGCCAUUAAGUGUAGAACACAAGAGAUUCAAGUCGCGUUCAUAUGUGACAGCAAAGCCUUUUUCUAAGUUAUACUUUCUUAAUGCAAAAGUGCCUCAG